AUGGGCGGCCUGAAGGACCAUGUAUCCCUCGCGCCUCGAGCCCACAGACCCCAAAAAGCGCGAGUGUUCCGUACCUCCGCAUCGGCGUUCGGCUGGUUUGGGUUCGAUCCUACCAUUUUGUGUCUGAAAGCUUGCCUUCUCGCGACAUCUCGAUUGAUAAUCACCCCGAACAUGCUUGCACCUCUGCAAAGAUCCUCUAGACGAGGACAAUGGCCUAUUCCACUCCCGCCGGCGCUCCCUCAACUCCUCUCGAUGUUCCACAUAUGUGUUCACAAGGCAUACAAGAAGCCUACUCUAGUCAACACAGUAUGA